AUGGAUGUCCCUUCUAGCAUCUUCACCACUGUAUGGAGCAUCCUCCGGUACCUAUUUCUCCUAGUCUUCGUCGAGCCGUGGACCAAGCCACACUUCAACGGCGACACGACGCCAGUCACCUAUGAGGCAUGGUACACAGGACAGUUUGAGUACGAUGCAAUUCAUGGAAUCGAUGAGUGGGUUACUGUGGACCGUCACCGGAGUUAUGACUGGCAGGUCCUCCGAACUCUGAAGCGAGAUCUUGAACGAUCCCGACGGAUGGGAGAUGAGAGAGGCCUUUGUAGUCAGCUGAGAGCCCACAGUUCCCGUAACAUGUGUCGCAUCCUAUCGCCUGCUUUGUACCGAAAAUCAAAGAUACAGACUAAACGACUCAUCCACGACUAUAUCAUGGAAGUACGACACUGUAUCAUUUACAUUGCAGAUCGCAAUGCUAUCAGCAGUGGGGCUACUCCUGUCGUCUCAGCUCAGGAAAAACGACAAGCCAUCAUUGAUAUGCGGACUGCCCUUGGCCGUACAAGCCUAGUGCUUCAGGGAGGCGCUAUGAUCAGUAUGUGCCAUCUCGGAGUGGUCAAAGCACUUUAUCUGCAGCGUCUGCUUCCUCGGAUAAUCACGGGGACAUCGUCAGGAGCUCUGAUUGCUGCGCACAUAUGUGUGACGAAGGACGAAGACCUGAUGGGCGUCCUUGAGGCUACCAACAUCAACCUCGAUGCUUUUCUUCGGUCUCGAGAAAGGCGCGCUACAAAUGGGCUCAAAUCUUGGUUCAACUCCUCCUUCUUUGCAACCAUCAAACGACGGUACCAGCGUUACCGUACCUCACACCAUGUGUUCGAUAUCGAUGUUCUCCACGAAUGCACCAAAGACAAUCUUGGGGAUAUCACGUUUGAAGAGGCCUACGCAAAGACCGGAAGGAUCCUAAACAUAACCAUCGCCAUGUCUGAGGUGGCUGGAACUCCGCAACUCCUCAAUUACCUGACGGCACCCCACGUCCUGGUUCGGUCCGCUGUGGUGGCGUCUAUAGCCACUUCCAAAGCCAUGUAUGCGCCUGUCCAGUUACUGUGCAAGAGCGCUACGGGUGACAUUACCCUAUAUUUUGCCGCCGAUUUCUCAGAGAAAGGCUGCAACCUGCACCGACAGGCCUCCGUUCACCCGGAAGCCCCAUUGACACGUAUAGGCGAACUGUUCAACGUCAAUCACUUCAUUGUGUCUCAGUCGAGACCAUAUAUAGCUCCCUUUAUUCAACUGCAGAACUUUGCCGACCGCCACCAACCUCUCGGCAUCCUGGUUCGCUUCAUCCUGGACGAGUUGCUGCAUUGGCUGCAGGUCAUGAAUCACUUCGGUAUGCUUCCGACCUUCCUCCAGCGAGUGUUGAUGGACGAAGUCGUGCCCACUCUCGCCUCCUGGUCAAAAUUGUCCAUCACGCCGCAACUCGGGCUGUGGGAUCUCCUUAGCACAUUUGACACUCCUACACCAGCUAAGUUGCAGAAAUGGAGUGCGCGAGGGGAGAAGUGUACGUGGCCGUACAUCUGUGAACUGAAAAUCAGGUGCGACAUCGAGCUGGAACUGGACGUCGCGUAUACGAACCUCCGUCGAAGAGGAGGCAUGGGAAUCGGUUAUCAGACAUAG